AUGUCGUCCACCGUCCUUGUUACUGGAGCUAGUGGCUUUCUCGGACGCCAAGUUUUCAGCCUCUUCCAACGUUCGGGGGUCCUGGCUGUCGGCCAAGGCUUUUCGCGCGCAGCUCCGCCGACGAUCCUCAAAGCUGACUUGGAAAGCACCGAAGAGAUUAAAAGCCUUAUCGACGAUGUCAAACCCCAAAUUGUCAUCCACUGUGCCGCAAACAGAUCUCCAGAUCUAUGCGAAAAGAACCCUGAACGGGCACGCAAGGUCAAUGUCGAGGCCACACGGACGCUAGCUGCUGAGUGCUCGUCCCGCGGCGCCUUUCUCAUCUACAUUUCGACUGACUAUGUCUUCCCCGGUGUGGAGGGUGAAGCGCCAUAUGAGGUAGGUUCUGAGACUCAUCCGCCAAACCUGUACGGUGAAUUGAAGCGAGAUGGAGAGACCGCCGUCCUGGAAGCAACCCAGGAUACAGGACUUGGAGUGGUACUGCGCGUGCCGGUAUUGUAUGGGAGCGCGAAAGAAAACUCCGAGAGCGCUGUCAAUUGCUUAGUUGAUGCUGUGAUGAAAGCACAAGAUGAGAAUGCUGCCGUUAGCAUGGAUGACUGGGCUCAACGAUAUCCCACCAGCACAGAAGACGUGGCACGUGUCUGUCGGGAUAUCGUCAUCAAGUAUAUCAAGGAGAAAGAUCGGGUGAAGGAGCUACCUCGUAUUUUACAGUUUACUUCCGAGGACCGCAUGACCAAAUAUGAGAUUUGUGAGACACUGGCUAAAGUUCUCGGAGUGCCUCUUCCCGGAAUGGUCCGCAACAGGAAGGGCAAUGACCCUGGUGGUGUUCAGCGGCCGUACGAUACUCACAUGUCCACCAAGGUACUGAAGGACUUGGGAAUUGAUGUUCAUACCAUGGACUUUGCUGCUUGGUGGCGACGGGAAUUGGGCGCAUAUAAAAAAUAG